UUAGUGAUUGCAUACCUAAAGUCAGCACUGCCAAAAAAAAUGUCAAAUUCUGGUAAUAUAUUUGACGAUGAUGAUGUUCUGAUCAUUGAUGACGACUCAGAUGAAGACAUUUCUAAUGACUACCCAAGCAGAUCAGCAUCUACUGAUCAAAAGGUGGAAACAGAAGGAGGGAUAAUGUGCAAAAAUCCAUGGCACAACAAAUGGGGAGGGUGUGAUACCCAGCUAAAAUGGCCAUCCCAGAUACCUAAGAUGGCACAGUUCAUAUUUCAACUUCUUGGUUAUGAACCAGUGAGUCAGAAGAACAAAAAGAGAGCAAAGUUCUGUGCAACGUGUGUAUCAAGAGCCAACAAUCUUACAGUGGAUGAGUUCAAAGAUCUGGAAGCCCAAGCCAAACAAAAAUGGGGACGGGAAUUCAACACAGAGGCAAUUAAGGACCAGGGACAACAACAGAAAACCAUUUCACGUAGGCAGUCAGAGAAUUCACACAUUCAGGCUCAGCUUGAAAAAUUGGAUAAGAUGGAUAUAAGUGAUGAUGAAAAGGCUAAACAAGCAAAACAGUUGCGUAUGUUGGCAUUUGUGAAUCCAGGCAGGUUUAUGGAUGACUUUGACCCAGAGAGAAGUGCCCGGGAGAUGAAGAAAAUGAACAGAAGAUUGUAUAAGGAAAAAAACAUCAGGAAGAAUCAGUUGUAUGAUGAUAAUGGAAGACUAGUUUCCAACAAGAAGGAUUUAUGUGACUGUUUAGAUGUUGAUUGUCCUGGAUGUCAUUUUCCAUGCCCAAAAUGUCAGUCAGAAAAAUGCGGUGGUGACUGUAGAUGUAACAGGAAGUGGGUGUAUGAAUAUGUUGAAAGUGAAGGAACAGGAAACACUUACAGUUGGCCUCCUGAAGUUAAAUAGUCAGUGACAGCUUGAAAUGUUGAUAAAAUGUGCAAUAUUAAGUACAGAAAAGAACGAGGUGCUAUACUAGGCAAUAUUAAGUACUGGAAAGAAGUGUUAUACUAGGCAAUAUAAGUUCUGGAAAGAGUUGUUAAACUAGGCAAUAUAAGUACUGGAAAGAAGUGUUAUAUUAGGCAAUAUUAAGUAGUAGAAAGAAGUAUUUUACUAGGCAAUAUAAGUACUGGAAAAAAAGUUAUACUAGGCAAUACAAGUACUGGUAAGAAAUGUUAUACUAGGCAGUGUUAAGUACUGGUCCUGAGGAAAGGAGUGUUGUACUAGGCAAUAUUGAGUAGUAGAAAGAAGUAUUUUACUAGGCGAUAUAAGUACUGGAAAAAGUGUUAUACUAGGCAAUAUAAGAACUGGAAAGAAAUGUUAUAUUAGGCAAUAUAAGUUCUGGAAAGAAGUGUUUCACCAGGCCAAAUUAAGUACUGGAAAGAAGUUUUAUACUAGGCAAUAUAAGUACUGGAAAGAAGUGUUAUACUAGGCAAUAUAAGUUCUGGAAAGAAGUGUUUUACCAGACCAAAUUAAGUACUGGAAAGUUUUAUACUAGGCAAUAUAAGUACUGGAAAGAAGUGUUAUACUAGGCAGUAUCAAGUACAGGAAAGGAGUGAUACACUAGGUGUAAUUGCAGCAUACAGAGUCCACUGUGUAGUGAGGCAUUAAAUGUCUGUCAGCUAUAGACAGUACAGAUGUGAAAGGGGACAUGCUGGAUUUCCAAUGUUUACUAGUCAAUGUCGAAGAGCACCUUGUAUGUUUUUUACAAAGACAAACAAAAACUGAGCCUUAAUUCAGUUUAAAUGUUUAAAUGUUUGAUUUUGUCUGAGAGCCAAAUAAACGGUGUAUAAAGCUA